UCAACAGAGACAGCUGGAAGGGUUUAGGGGUGAGAUUUAGGGGGCGGAUUCCCCUUCCCCUGAUUGGUUUUCUCUCAUUUGGUUUCUCCCGAAAGCUCAAGCAAAUUUCGCAAUCUCUGAUCGCUCUCCCUCUCAAGGUUGGACGAUGAGGUCCAUGGACGGGACACAGAGAAGGUCGCCUGUGCCAGCACCGUCGUUCUGGGAAAGCUGUAAAGCCAAAAGUGCCGCUGGUAUGGUUUGCUGGGUCUGGUUGUCUUUUGCUUCUAUUGGUUUCGUGUUUUUUGUGGUAUGCAAGCGACCCAAAGACUAUGAGUAUGGGAGAGCGUUUUGGUGGCUCGCUGGUAGUUCGUGCCUGCUCGUUUGCCAUCUCGCUGUCGUCGUCAAGCUGCUCAAUAUGGAGCCAAACAGGGAGUAGGGCAGUUGGAAGUUUACUCAGAGGUGGGGAUGGAUCUGUUCCAUUCAGGUGGUCAUGAUGGCGUUUGGGAUUCUGAUCAAUGAGUUCAUUUACAACGCCGAUGUCACACCCUACACUUUACUGGGUUUCUGUUUCUACGCUUUGUUCGUGAGUCAAGCGUGCAUAUUCCCGGUGCAGCUCGGCGCAACUUCGGCUUUGCUUGGGUAAGCCAUUUCUACCUCUUUUUGUUAAUUAGAUGCAGAGUUUCUAGAAUCUAGAUAGAGGGAGAGCGAGGGCUCCUGCUAAUCCGGCGAAAUCUGUGUAUGCUAUAGCUAGUUUCACCUAUUAGGGUUUAUGGGGCAGAAAUACAAGCCAAUCCACAUUGCUUUGUCUCGUUCUCUUGUUGUUGUUCUUGCUGUAGAUGGUUGUGUUCUUGCUUAUAGCUGAACUUUGUUUUUGUUCAAGCUUCUAAACUAGGGGCUUUCUCUUUUCGGAUUAACUCAAGCCUAAUCAAGGUUGGUGGGCCUCUUUAAGUCCGAAAGGCUAAUUAAGUUACUGUUUAAGCCCACAUCACUAUUUGAUUAAAAGGGGAUUAAGAGAAGCUGAGACUAAGCAUGAACGUUAUAUCUUCUUCAUCCACUCUUUUCGAGCUGUUUUCUUCUGAAAUCCCCAUUUGCCUUGGUUGGCUAACUGAGUUAGGGACUUCAUCAUUUGAGUCUCAAUUCAAAGCCUCCGAUUAGUGGUGAAGAGGCUGCUAGAUUCUACAUUUGGUAAGGCCUGUUCAUUGUACUGUUCAAUUGGAAGAUAACAUUUGAGGAGGAUCUUUUCGAAUGGGAUCCUAGCUAGCUAGAGCUCUCUCGUUCAUGAUCGUUCGCAUUUCCCUUCAGUUUGCAAAGUGUUAGAAUUCAGUUCUUCUAGAUAGUAUAUAGCUGCUGUGCUUGUAGUAAAUUCCCUCCAAUGUGCCUUGUCACACGGUCCUUUGCCUUGUGACAUUUUGGAAAAACUCUCAUACUUCAAUGGUCUUGAUUACUUCUCUAUGCAUGGGAACAGAAUGCAAGCUGGUAGGUUGGUAGCUAUGAGCUGGAUGAUGACAAGCUGUUUAUUACUUGGCCAUCACUUUACUAGAACUCUGCUGCUACCUGUUGCAUCUGUAUGUUAAUCAAUCUUGACCACUCUUUGAAUGUUCGGAAUGGCCGAGCUGCCCGGUUUUGGAGCGAUAGGUGGUUGAACGAUUCCACUAUCCUCCGCGACCAUGCUCCGCAUCUACCGGAGGGAAUGGAGGCCAUGCCCGUCGCCGAAUUCGUCCUCAAUGGUAAGUGGAACGAAGCCUUUCUGGAUGCGUAUUUACCUCGUGCUAUUGUUUUGCAGGUUCUACUGCACCCGGUGCCGACGGAGAGCGAGCCGGACGUGAGAUACUGGAGGCUGACGGAGAAUGGUGGCUUCUCCUUUCGCACCGCCUACGAAAUAACGGACGGCAAUGCAAGUCCGGCCACUAAACAACCCAUUUGGAGAUCGAUUUGGAGGACGCCUACUCUGCAGAGGGUCCGCUCAUUCCUCUGGCUACUUAACCACAACCGCCUGCUGACCAAUGCCGAAAGAGCUCGCCGCCACUUGACUACGAACGUCGCCUGCAAGAUUUGCGGUGGGGGCCCGGAGACAGCGAUUCACAUCGUGCGUGAUUGCCCCUUCGCGAGAGCCACCUGGGCGGGAAUUCUUGAAGACGAACCGGAUGUCAAUUUCUUCGAACCUGAGCUUCAUAGGUGGUCUUUGCAUUACUUAUCUGGCCGCAGUAAUGUUAUCGACAGUACUCUUUUUGCAGGCACGUGCUGGCUGCUGUGGAAGAACCGGAAUGAUUACCUGUUUCGAAGCGAGUUGAAAACCCAUGAGCAGCUCCAGUUUACAACAAAACAGCUAAGGUCUCAGAUCACCAAGGCAUUCGAGAAGGAGAGCAACGUGUUCGGAGCCGGGGGACUCCGAGAGAGGCGGGAAAUACACUGGGAGCUACCGCCGAGUGGUUGGGCCUGUGUUAACACCGAUGGCUCGGCUACUCUUAAUCCUGCUAGCACGAGUUGUGGUGGAGUCGUGAGGGGAGACGAUGGCCACCUAAUUAGAGCUUUCACAGCAAACCUUGGAGGGGGUUCGAUCACUCGUGCUGAGCUGGCUGGGAUUGCUUAUGGGUUGAGACUUGCUUGGGAAGAGGGAAUCAGGAAGGUUGUCCUACAGACAGACUCCCGCACUGCCCGGACGUUGAUCGAUAAAGCCACACCGCAGCAUCCACAUUACUCGUGCGUCGCGGAGAUCCGCCAAUGGCUAGCUCGGCCUUGGCUUGUCAGGAUAGAGCAUGUUUUCAGAGAAGCGAAUUUCGUGGCUGACCACCUCGCUUUCAUUGGCCAUUCUGUUCCUAUAGGGGUUCAUGUGAUUCAUAACCCGAGUAGCACUCUUCUAUAUUGGUUGUACUUCGAUACUUUGGGGAUUCAAACGCCCCGGUUUGUCAGUUCUUAAUUAAGGUUAGGGCGCCCUUUACGCCCUGUUUUUCACCAAAAAAAAAAAAAUCUUGACCACUCUUUGCUAUUUGCUGCUGCAUACAGCUCAACUGCCAUCAUGGCGUGGGCUCCCUGGAAGAACAACGGCGAGAGGCACCUCGUAGAAGCCGGCAUCAUCAGCUUCGUCCUGCUCCUGAUCUGCAUUUUACGCCACGGGCUAGCUGGUGACCCUCCACAGAACAACCGGAACCGAUAGAGCAGAGUGAUUUCGUACCGGAUUGAAGGGGUGGAUACAUGCAAAGUUCUGAAUAAUCCAGCUGACUUUUGUUUCUUACCGAGAGAAACUUUUUGUCCCGGGCAGUUGGUUGCCCCAGUAAAUUUUGGGGGGUUGCUCUUGUUUGAGAGAUGCUUGCACUCAUGCAGAGUUGCGUUUUGACUUUGUUUCCACAAACCCUUUUUCCCCCGAGCAGUUGGUUGCUCUGAGUACUUUUCCCUGAGCUGUUUGCUGCUCUCGCUCGUAUAUAAAACAGGGAUUUACAU